AAAUACUUCCUUUGAUUUGUUUACACUGACGACGAGAAGCUGAACACAUAUGACAUUUUCAUCACAUCUUGCAUCUAGAUUUUUCAUAGAAAUGACAUCUGAAUCUGGGUCAGUAGAACAUCAUCAGGCCACACAAGUUGACGAGGAGGAAGAGGAAGAGGAGUCUAUAGAUAUUUUAGAUGGGCCAACACAGGGUCUACAGGGACAUAAUUUCAACAGAUCAGCCUACAGACAUCAAGCUUUGGCCAUUGUAUCAGGAGAUACACCACAGACAAAUCUUCCAGAUGGGGAGACAACUCCUGAUAUUACAAUUCUAUGUGAAAAAUGUCAGGACUAUGUCCACCUACUACAUCUCCAAGAACACAGGAAGUACCAUAAAGCCCUAGCAACCAUGAAAUAUGGCAAAAAGUUGCCAAGGCCAGAAAAUAUAGAAAUGUUGCUGAAAAGAAGAAAUGUAAUAUUGAGAAAAAUGAAGCAGUCUGCUGCUAGUUUAGGAAACCACAUUGAACCUCGAGAAAUUCAGAAAAUAAAUGAAGCUUAUGAAUAUUUAAAAACUGACAUGGAUGGAACUUUAGCACAGUUACAGCAGAUGAGAGAGGACCUGGAUGUACAUGUGAAUGGUUCAGCCUUGAACUGUAGUCCAGAUUGUGUUUAUGCUGUUGGUUUUUGCUCCCAUGGAAACAGUCGCUGGAAGAACCAGAUGGAGGAUACAAAAGUGUAUCAAGAUUCGUUUGGUGAAGAUAAUGAUAAAUGUUUCAUGGCUGUCUACGACGGGUAUCAUGGAAGGUUUGCAUCAGAUGUUGCCGCGUCUGAACUCCAUCACAUGUUGUUAAAUGAAAUGAAGAAAUUUGACCCCAAAACUACUUCAACCAAGGCAGAAAAUAUGGCUGACAAUAUGGAGGAUAUAUCUAACUAUAAAUUUGAUAGACCAACAACAAAAGAGAGUGAGAGGGAAGUACUUUAUGAGGGAAGUAUGAACAUUGUUGAUCAAAUUAUCAAACUUUGUGAAUCAAAAUAUGACAAUAUGAUGACACCAAGAUCUGGGCGUUCAUCUAAAGCUUUAGAAUCUGAGAGGAGCAAAGAGCAGCUGAUACCAAUAGAAGAAGAAAAAUCUGAUUAUGAAAAGUCACUCGGUGGGGAGAAAACUCCAAUGAACAAAAAACAACCUAAACCACCAAUGUCCAUUAAAAUGGAAGAAGCUUUUAAAAAAUCCUACCAACUUUUAGAUAUUUUGCUGUCAUAUGGAAAGGAUGAGUGUUCCAGGGUGAGAUGGAGUGGAUGUUCUGCUACCACCUUGAUACUGCAUGGUAUGGACCCAAAUAAAGUAGAUAGAGAUUGGGUUAUCUCCCCUGUGAAAGAAGAAGAUGGUGAAAAUCUGGAAGAAGGUGACACAUCACGUAAACCUUCAGGAUAUGAGGAACCAAGGACCCUUGGUCUCUUACAUUUAGCUAAUGCAGGAAAUGUCCAUUGUGUUUUAGUGAGAGGGAAUCAGCCUUACAGGAUUACAAGAGAACAUACACCAAAUAAUGAAAAGGAAUUAAAAAGAGUCAUCAAAGCAGGUGGAGAUAUAAGUGAAAGUAAAAAAGAAAAGAGAGUAAAUGGGGUUUUAAGUACCACAAGAGGACUUGGUAACCAUGGUGAUGUAAAACUAAAGAAAUGUGUUCUAGUAGAGCCCUACACCACAUCAAUACCAAUAGACCAGUAUGCACAGUUUAUUAUUUUAGCUUCACAUGGAGUCUGGGAAGUGUUCACUCCACAAGAGGCCACAUCUCUAUUGUUGAAGUUGUUGCCUAGCAACUUUGUUCCAGUACCGAGUAAAAUUAGUACCACUCUUCAACCUUUAAUGGAAGACAUUAAUAGUCAACAUAUUACAACACCACAUUCAAAUUUCUCACCAUCUAUUGCUAAGCAACAUCACCAUGACAACACAAUAGCUGAAAAAGAGGAGGGAAGACAGUUAUCACCACUCAUUGAUGAACGUCUUAGAAAAAUUGAAACUAAGAGUCCAAACACUGAAGCAGACCUGAAAACUGAAAUUGGUAGUCACAUGGGUGACUCAGAUGGAGAAUCUGGAAAUGAGGCGGAUAUAGAAACGUAUGGUGAUUACUUAUCAAUCCCAGCAUUCUCUAGAAUGUCAACUAUAAAUCCCAAUCACACCAGGGACACAUAUCAUCGUGAGUUUGCCAAAGUUAUGGCCGAACAUUUAGUACAGGCUGCCUUACAAGCAGGAGCUAGAGAUAAUAUAACAGUUACUAUUGCUUUGUUACCUGGAUGUGGUUUAUGAUCUACAGAUUUAUGAUGAACAGAGGUUAAUCUUCUUGCUGAUCAUUGAACAAAGGUUCUUACUGCUGUGGAAAGGAAAAUAAUGUGAAACUUUAUCAGUAUACUCAUCAUAGAUAUCAGCCUUAAAAUUGUGUAUGCCAGUAGUACGUUUUGUCUACAAAAGACUUAUCAGUUUUGCUCUAAUCCAAAAAAAUAAAAGGACAAUUAGUUUUGAAAGUUGCCUUAGUGAAAGUUAAACUGGACUCUGGAUGCCAAAAAAGUCAAAAGUUAUCUGAGUAUCUGGUAUAAACUGUUAAAAAAAAUUGACUUCUGUCCUGUAAGAUAUAUGUUAGGAAAAAUUUAAUCAAAAACUAGGACUUAACUUUGACUGCACUUUUAUAUUUACCACUCUUAUGGAGUUAAGUUUUUUGUCACAUGAUUUUCUCACAUAUGAGUGAUGCCAUCAUGGAACAACUAUAUUUGUUUUACACAUGAGUGAGAGCACAGUUGAAAGACUGUAAUAUUGUAUUGAUGCAAGAAAACUGAAAAUUAGUGACUGUUCCCUGGCUUUUGGAACUGGAAGAUAUAAAAAAUAUUCCACGCUCUCAAAGACUUUUGUAAUAAGUGCAAAGUUAUGGAUGAUGAAUCCCAUUUCUUUUAUUUUGUAAAAUAAAUGAUGAUUUAAGACAUGUCCUUUUUAAGGAUUAAAUAACUUAAUACAAAGAUUUUUCUGCUAAUAAACUGAAAAUAAUAAACUAAAUCCAACCACUAGUUAGCAAGUGAAAUCUUUAGGCUCCUUUAUUAAACAGUCUAAGGAUUGAGGACAGGGGGCGCUUAAGGUCAUUUAUUGUGUAAUGUGUUUAAUGUUUUGUUAUGUUUUUAUGUAAAUGUAAAUGUCAUCAUUAUAUUGUUGUUAUUACAUGUAAAUGACCCUCUUAUGGGUGUAUGUAAUUUGUGGUAAUAAAGAUUAUGUUUAUGUAA